CCCCUCGAGGCCUGCUGCGAUCGCCCUUCGAUUCCAUCGCAUGCUCUGUUCCGCCAAGAGCGCUUCGCCAAGCUCGCCUCCUCCUCCCCCUCCCUUCUCAGCGUGCAUCGGCAUCGGCAUCGAUGAAGACCCACUGCCCUGUUUCGCUGUCACUGUUUGCCCUGGCCGCCCUCUCGGGCUCGGUCUCUGCCGGGAACAGCAGUAGCGCUCCUAUCCAGCUCGCCUGGGGCUUUGGUGGAUCCGCAUAUCAGAUUGAGGGUGCCUGGAACGUCGACGGCAAACUGCCCAGCGUCCAAGAUACGUUCUUCCAAAAGAACACCAGCUCCCCUAACGGCAAUGUCGCCGCCGACCACUACCACCGCAUGCAGUCCGACCUGGCCUAUCUGUCGCAGCUCAACGCCACGGCCUACCGCUUCUCUGUCUCCUGGAGCAGAAUCCUGCCCAACUGCACCGGCGAGGUCAACCAAGCCGGCAUCAACUUUUAUUCCAAUAUGAUCGAUACCAUCCGCGCCAACGGCGCCGAGCCCUUCCUCACCAUGUUGCACUGGGAUAUUCCCCAGGCUUGUGAGGACCGAUACGGCGGCUUCCUGAGCCCGCAGAUCAUCGCCGACUUUACCAACUACGCCUCGGUUCUGUUUGACAACUUUGGCGACCGCGUCCGAUACUGGCUUACUCAGAACGAGAUCGACAGCAUGUGCGAUGGUGGAUACGCCACAGCUCGCUGGGGCCCUGGCCUGACCGGUGGCACGAGUGCUCGCUUCCAGUGUGUCAAGAAUGCCCUGCUUGCCCACGCCCAGAUCACCCAUCUCGGCCGGCAGAAGAUGGGCAACCGCAAGUGGCUCUUCAGUAUCCCUACUAUCAUGCCCUGGGUUGAGCCGAACGAUCCUACCAGCGAAAACGAUGUUACGGCCCAGCAGAUGAUGCUGAUCCAGAACGUUGGAAGUGUCCUGGAGCCCUGCAUCACCGGCAACUACCCCUCCGAGAUCCUGAGCGGUCCGUUUGCUAUGGCCGGCUUGGUGCCCUUCAACAGCACUGAGCAGUCCAUUCUAAAGGGCACCAUCGACUUUAUCGGCUUGAACUACUAUACGGUCGAGUUUGUCAGCGGCAAUGGCUCUACCAUCGAAGGAGCCAACGGUCAGCAUACCCCGUCCCUGCCCACGGGUGUCCCAUGGCAGUUCGUGUACCCUCCGGGUGCCGAGAAGUUCCCCAACUGGCUCUACGACCGCUACAACCUGGACAUCUACAUCACUGAGAUUGGCUACGCCAGCCCCAACGAAGGCGAGAUGACCCUCCAGCAGAUCAUGAACGAUCCGUACCGCCUCCAAUUCUGGCAAAGCCACUUCACGUACAUUAUCAACUCCAUCAACGACGGCACCCCUAUCAAGGCUGUCCUUGCAUGGGCCCUCCUCGACAACUUUGAAUGGGGAAGUUACGACCAGCGCUUCGGAUGCAUCGCCGUCGACUACACCAACGGCACCCUGACUCGCACCGUCAAGCCUGCUGCCCGCUGGCUCUCUGGCGCCUUCUCGCAAUUCCAGAACCCCUUCGUCGGCGACCUGCCUGCUCCGUCGCCCAGCGUCAACGCCACAACAGCAACUUUGCCAACUGCCUCGACCUCUCCCACCCAAACAACCUCGGCUGCUCCUGUGCGUCCUGCCUUUGGGCUCGGUUCUCUUGUUGCCAUUAUUAUGCUUGGCUUUGCCAGCGUCAUGUGGGCUUGAGGAGCCCGUCCGUACUUUGUGCGGAGAUGAGUCCCCUCGUCCUUGAUCCCCCCUCCUCCUUCCUCUUGAUUAUCCCCCCUGUGUCUAUAUCCCAUAGUCUUGUUGAUCGCUUGUGUCUCUCAUUAUUCUGUUUUCUGAUAAACUCAGUAUAUUUUUUAGCUCGCCAAAGAGAAAACAGGGCUACAUCCCAUAUUUCGGCUUUGCUUCUGUGGUCCGGUGCACACCUGCGAGGUGCCCGAGCUGCCCAAAGUGUCGAGCGUGGCGCGGCCUCC